UAGUAUCAUACGUCAAUGCGUGCCGAUAAUGCGAGUUUUGUUGAAAAAUCGUAGUAAAAUGUAUAAAAUCGUAAUUAUAUACGAUGGGGUUUGGUGUUGAUCGGUGUUUAGUGUGUGAAACUAUAAGUGAUAAUAGUAGUUUUAGUGAAGACAUUGAGUGUUGGAGGACAUUAUUGCAGCGAAGCCGGGGCGGUGUCGAGAUCUCGCGAGUGCUGCACCUCUGAGGAGCGGGAGACCCGCGGGCGCCGGCGGAGCCUCGCCCGAGCAUGCUCCUGCAGCAGUCGUGUGCGCUGCUCACCAAACACACAUAAACUACCGGCAUGUCUGUCGCGUCGGCGAGCGGUAGUGCGAGCGCAGGCGGGGGCGCGCCCAGCGGUGGGGGCGCGGCCAGCGGCGGGGGCGCGGGCGGCGGGGGCGCGGCCGGCGUGGGCGCGCUGGGCGGGCUCGGCGGCUCGCUCGAGGACAAAGACUGCGACCUGCUGUGCCCCGUGUGCUUCGAGCUCAUCGACGAGGCCUACGUGACGCGCUGCGGCCACUCGUUCUGCUACGCGUGCAUCAGCAAGGCGGUGGAACUACACCGCCGCUGCCCUAAGUGCGGCGCCGCGCUGGCCUCGCGCGAGCACAUCUUCCCCAACUUCCUGCUGAACGAGCUGGUGGCUCGGCGGCGGGUGCGAGCCCGGGCCGCGGCCCCGGCCCCGCGCGGGCCCAGCGUGCGCGCGCUCGUGGCGGCCGAGGCCCGCCGCCUGCCGCUGGCCGACGUGGACGCCAUGCUGGAGCUGCUGACGCGGCGCAAGCGGCUGCUGGAGGCCGAGUGCGCGGCCGCCCACCACCGCCUGCUGUACGAGUUCCUGGCGCAGCUGCACCGGCUGCGCGCGCAGCAGCUGCAGCAGCUGGCGCGCGAGGCGGCGCUGGUGCGCGGCGACAUGGAGCACGUGGCGGGCGUGCUGCGCGACCUGAAGGCGGGCGCGGCGGGGCUGGCGCGCCUGCCCGACCCCGGGCCCGACGCGGCCCCGCCCGGGCCCGACGCGCCCGCCGGCGACGCCGUGCGCGCGCUGCGUCAGGAGCUGGCCGACCUCGCCGACAGCGUGGGCGACGCCGCCGCACACACUGAAGGCGGCAGCCUGGUGGGCUCGGAGGAGGAGAGCUUCGCGGGGGGCGGCGCGGGGGCGGGGGACGCUCUCGCCGCGCGCUGGAGGAGGCUGCACGCGCACUUCGAUGACUUCGUGCAGUGCUACUUCGCCCACCGAGCAGACGAGCUGUAUUUCCCCGGGUCGUCGUCGGCCACGCCCGCGCCGCCCACCUUCACCCCGGCCGAGCCCUGCGCGCUGCUGGGCGCGCCCCCCGCGCCCCCGCCCGCGCCCUCCGCGCCCCCUCCUGCGUCCUCCGCCGCCGCCAACGAUGAGAACCACGUACCACUGGGGCCCACAGAGCGCACGCCGGCCGCACACGGCGGCGACCAGCGCGCGCCAGACGAGCUCACAGGCGACCCCGGGCCCAGCCUGGGGCCCACGCCUGGACCCACGCCGGCCCCGGACGGGUCCCCGGGCCCCGACCUGGGCCCAGGCAGCACCCGCAGCGCCAGCCGCGGGCGCGGGCUGGACGCCUUCCGCGAGGACCUGCUGGCCUUCACCCGCUACCGCGCGCUGCGGCCGCUCGCCACGCUCUCGUACUGCAGCGACGCCAUCAACUACUCCACCAUCGUGUCCACCAUCGAGUUCGACAAGGACGAGGAGUUCUUCGCCAUCGCGGGCGUGACGAAGCGCAUCAAGGUGUUCGAGUACGAGAGCGUGGUCCGCGACUGCGUGGACGUGCACUACCCCUGCGCCGAGAUGCAGUGCUCGCACAAGAUCUCGUGCGUGUCGUGGAACGCGUACCACAAGAACGUGCUGGCGUCGUCGGACUACGAGGGCACGGUGAGCGUGUGGGACGCCGGGACGGGGCAGCGGUCCCGCGCCAUGCACGAGCACGACAAGCGCUGCUGGUCCGUGCACUUCAACCGCGCGGACGUGCGCCUGCUGGCCUCGGGCUCGGACGACGCGCGCGUCAAGCUGUGGGCGCUCAACGCCGAGCGCUCCGUGGCCACGCUGGAGGCCCGCUUCAACGUGUGUUGCGUGCGCUUCAACCCGCGCUCGUCCUGCCACCUGGCCUUCGGCUCGGCCGACCACUGCGUGCACUACUACGACCUGCGCGCGCCGCGCCAGCCGCUGGCCGUGUUCCGCGACCACCGCAAGGCCGUGUCCUACGUCAAGUUCCUGGACGCGCGCACGCUGGUGUCGGCCAGCACGGACUCGGCCCUGAAGCUGUGGCGGGUGGAGUCGCCGCGCUGCGUGCGCUCCUUCACGGGCCACGCCAACGAGAAGAACUUCGUGGGGCUGGCCACGGACGGGCGCUACGUGGCGUGCGGCUCGGAGAACAACGCGCUGUACGUGUACUACUCGGGGCUGUCGCGGCCGCUGCUGGCGUACCGCUUCGACGCCGUGCGCGGCUUCCUGGAGCGCGAGCGGCGCGACGAGGAGCCCAGCGAGUUCGUGUCCGCAGUCUGCUGGCGGCGCGCGCACGACACGCACGUGCUGCUGGCCGCCAACUCGCAGGGCACCAUCAAGGUGCUCGAGCUCGUCUGAGCGCGCGCAGACUCUCAUCUAUACAGCCCGUUACGUGUACACCCCGCUCCAAUGUGCUCUGAUGUAAAAUAAAUGCGGAUUUACUUACUGAA